UACUCUUCACGAAGGGGAUAACUCCACCUUUCACUGUUGAUACCCACUUUUUGGUGGUUCGCGUUUCUGCCCCUUGCUGAACCGAAUUGCUGCCUGCUCUUGCUCGCGUGUCACCGAGUAAUUCGCUCUUAACCUCAGAAGUCUGGACCGAUACUUUGCUUUCCAGAUUGUCAGUAUGCAAAAUUCCCUUCAUUCCUGGUUGCUUUUCAGAUCUGUAAAUUAACAUGUUGAUUGUUAGCGUUAAGAUUUACAUAAGCUCAUGUCUGUGGUAUAUAACGACCUCAAAAGCUAUUGAAAAAACGAAAUCUGGGUUUAUUUUGUUUUCCUUUAGGUUGUUUGCUAUUUGGCGCAAUGGUUGAUGCUUAUAGCAAUUUAAGUGAUGUUCGUGUUGGAAAUUUUCCAUGGUGUUUGAAGGGAUGCAAGAUACAUGCUACUGUCCGGAGACACUUGAUUCCUUUGUUUAAAGCUGUUAUUAUUGAAGGUGAAGUUUAUACUUUAUCUGCGUUUUCUGUUGUUGAUGCUUAUGGAUUAUGCAGGCCAACUAGGCAUCCUUGUCGGUUGUUUUUUCAUUCUACUACUAUUUUGGAGAAAAUGGUGUGUCGAGCAAUCAAAAUGAAUGGAUUGUCGUUGGUGGACAUUGGCCAAAUUAAUUCUCAUUCAUGUGAUAGUAAUUAUUUAGUUGAUUUUAUGGGGGUAAUGACUGGUAUAUCUUCCCAGAAUGAGUUUCUUAAAGAUGGUCAACGUGUCAAAAUGAUUGUUGUUGAGAUAUCUGAUCACAGAGGUUUCUGUCAUGUUGUUCUGUUUGGCGAAAUUGUUGAUUACUUGGUUCAGAUGAUGACCACUCUCGACGGAGGUCUACCGCUGGUUGUUAUUCAAUUUGCCAAGAUCAGAUUUUUUCGUGGUCGUGUUCUUUUACAGAAUAUUCAAAAUCUAACUAGGAUGUUGUUGAAUCCUCCAGUUGAUGAAUCUGUACUUUUAGGAAGAAGGUUAUCUAAAAUGCGAGGUGGACCUGCAAUGACUGUUCCGUUAAUUGGUCCUCCCGUUAAACCUUCGGUCGUGGAUGAUUUUCUUCGUCUAUAUCCAAAGAAAACUAUUGCUGAGUUGAAAUCUACACCUGAUGAUGGGCCAUUUAUUGUAUCUGGUGUUGUGGAUGGUUUGGUAAUUGGAGAAGAUUGGUGGUACCCUUCGUGUCGUUGUUCAAAACGUUUAAUAAUUAAUGCUGGAUUUUAUUACUGUAGAGGUUGUUCAAAGCAUGUGUUUGAAUUUGUCCCUAGGUUUCGCGUCAAAAUACAUGUUACCGAUGGCAUUGAUGAUGCCAUGUUUGUUCUUUCUGAUGAUGAUGUCCGUUACCUGACCCGUACCAAGUGUAGCAUUCAGCUUUCAUCAUCCAAGGUUUUGGAAGGAAUUAAUCCACCUAGUGCUUUGAUGAAAAUUGAAGGUUUAAAAUUGUUGUUUAAGAUUGUCAUGGUGUCUUCUUUGAAUCCUAUAUACAAAGGUGCUUUCAAAGUUUCUAGGGUUUGUCUUGAUCCAGAUAUUUUCAAUGCUUUUUCUCUUAAGGGAACACGUCAUACUCCUGCAAAGCAGGUUUAUAGGCCAGUAAUGAGCGAGGUUGUCUAUCCCUCGGGUUUGAAUGAAGAGAUCAAUCAACAUGGGGAAUAUUUAUCAAAGAAAAGAUUGGCUGGUUCAUUUGAUAAUACACUUGGGGAGGAAAUUGCAGAUCAUCACAAGCGAUCUAGAGAUUGUUGAGGAAAUUGCAGAUCAUCACAAGCGAUCUAGAGAUUGUUAAAUGUUGUUUGUAACUUUAUUUUUAUUUGAUGUAAUUUUAAUGAUGCUGAGAUGUAGGGUCUAAUGUGUUAAGUACUAAAUAAUUAUGAUUUUGUAAUGUGUCUGACAGAUGACGUAGUUGUUUGCUAUUAUAAAUCAUGUGUUAUAAUUGGUAUUUGUU